AUGGGCGACCCUUUGAAGGGUUGGAUCGCCGGAUUCUUUGGCCUGGCCGUUGCGAUGGUGGGCCAGGAAAGCAUCCACGCUUACUCGCGCUACACCUAUGGCUAUCAGGAUUUGGAAGGCGGGCUUGGCCUGCUGCCGGUAUUGGUCGGCGCUUUUGGCUGUGCUGAGGUGCUCUCGGUGAUGCGCAACCGCGCCAGCGAGAUGGUGGAACAUNUCCCUGGGUCCGCACCUGCCGCAGUUCUGCUGGCAGCGAUGGUGAUCCACGGGCUGCGACCUGGCCCACUGAUCAUGAUCACGCAGCCGGACUUCUUCUACUCCAUCGUUGCCAUGGUGUUUUGGGCCAGCCUUGCGAUGUUGGUGCUUGGCCUGCUCAUGACGCGACCUUUGCUGAUGAUCCUGAAGGUGCGGCGCGAAUGGCUGAUGGGUGUCAUCUUUGUGCUUUGUGUCGUAGGCGCGUUUGCCAUCGCAUCGCGGCCCUUCGAUGUGGGCGUGAUGAUCUGCUUCGGCAUUUUAGGCUUCUUGAUGCGCGAGACAGGUUUUCCGGUUGCGCCGAUGAUCCUGGGCGUCGUGCUAGGGCCGAUCCUGGACUCCAAUCUGCGGCGCAGCCUAGCCCUUAGCCAAGGCGAUCCGAUUGAUUUCGUCACGCGCCCGA